AUGGGACAGUUCCAGUUUCCUCCUAAUACUGUCCUAGUGAGUGCUGUGUAUGCAGUAUCACUCUCAAAGCCUCUCCUCAAACGACUCAAGUUAGAGAUACAGCACUGCAUUGAUUUAACAGGACGACCAGAUCUUGCACAAUAUUUAAAAUUUGCUAUAGCUCCCGUGAGCACACCCAGUCUUUCUUACCAUUUCUCCAUAGUUGAGGGAGGAGAGUUUAGCUCUAAUAGUGGGUAUGGAUCCAUUGAUCGUAAAGAGUACUGUUUGGUGUGUAUUUUAGGUAUAUGUAUUUCAUAUACAGGUGUUUAUAAUACAAUUAUAGCAGAUCACACAAAAUAUAUCAUAAUAAGGCAUUAUGAAGGUAAACGUGUAGAGGAUCUAGUGACUUUUACUGCAGCUAAAUAUCUGAAUGCUUUCCUUGAGUACAUUGAAAAGCAACAUUCUCAUGCAGAAAUGGGACAAAGUGUCCUCUUUAGUUUUCUGCCUUCAAGUGAUUACAUUGAGUUGAAACUUGAUCAUACUCCACAGAAGUAUCCAUUUAAUGGUUGGACUAUACAAUCACAUUUUGGACCAUGUAGAUUGUAUCGCUUUGAUAUUGACAAAUUUGGUAAUAGUAAUUAUCCUAUUCCUUCCUCUUGUCUGGUAUCAGUAUAUGGUUCACCUGAUGCUGUUCCUACACUACAUUACUCAGUACCACUGGUGGGUGUGGUUGAACCUGUUACAUUGUAUAUUCAUAGAACAUUGAGAACUGUAUCAGCAAAUCCUACUACCUUCUCCUCCUCCUCUAAUGUAGUACAUGACUCAACGUCAGUAUCAUCCACUGGAGGAGCUA